CCUGGUCUGAGGACAUCCACAUACUCAGCACCGGAUGAGCCAUCGUUUGGAGUCUGGAGAUGGCGCGGCUUACGAAUCUAGAACUGGCCAAGGACUGCGACAAUUUCCCCUACUUCUCGGACAACCCGCAACUUUAUGAGGCUACUGUGAACGAUUAUUAUCAUUUUUUACUAGAAGGAUGUCCCUCGGUACUGGGCUACGUUUCAUCAAAAGUUGCUGAGCGAUUCCCCGCUAGCCGGCACUGGGAGAUAGAUGCCAGCAAAAGAACAGUCACCUUUCAGCCUCGUGAUGAACAGGGGUCUGCAAUCAGUGAUUUCGAAUCACGUAAUGCCAUACUAGCAGACUAUCUUCAGUCGGUACGAGAACAGCGAGUGUUUGGGGUGCUCGACGGCUGGCGCAGUGAAAAAUAUCCCGUAUAUGGACCGAACAAGGAGAUCCUACUCAGCAUGGAAAGAUCGGCAACCCCAUUGUUUGGUGUGGUGACAUAUGGCAUCCACAUGACAGGCUAUGUGAAGACCGACCAAGGGAUGAAGAUAUGGGCUCCUCGAAGAGCUUUGAACAAACAGACAUAUCCCGGUAUGAUGGACAACACUGUGGCUGGUGGACUGACUAUCGGAGAGCUGCCGUUUGACUGUCUGGUUCGGGAAGCAGAGGAAGAGGCCUCGCUGCCAGCCGAUUUGGUUCGCACCGCAAAAGCUUGUGGCACCCUGACGUAUUUUCAUGUUCGAGAUGCUCGAGCAUUGGGUGAGACAGGGCUUUGCCAGCCAGAGGUCCAGUACAUUUAUGAUCUCGAGAUGCCACCAGAUAUCGUGCCAAAGCCUGGUGACAACGAGGCCAUCGAUUUCCAACUUCUGACCGUGGAAGAAGUGCAGACUGCCAUGGCCAAUGGGAAAUUCAAGCCAAACUGUGCUCAUCUCCUGUUGGAGUUCUUCGUCAGGCAUGGUAUCAUGACGGCAGAGAAUGAGCCAGAUUAUCUUCAGAUAGUGUCGAAACUGCAUCGGCGGUUGGAGUUUCCCAUGCGCUAAUAAGACCUGAAUCAC